AUGAAAGUAGAUAAAUUGCGAUCACUGAGAGACAGCCAACGCAAAGUUAUUGAAAUUCAACUUGAGAAAAUUCAACGUGCUAAAGAAAAUUCAUCGAUGUUGGAAUUUCGAACAAUCUUGGAAUCAAUUACGAACAAAGUAGAAAAUUUGAAAUCACUGAACGAGAAAAUUUUAGAACAGACAGAAAUAACCGAAAGUGAAGAGGAACUUAUCAGCAGUGAAGAAUUUUCGUUGCAAAUUGAAAUACAACUUCGUCAAUUUCGUGAAUUUGACAAUUUUUCAAACCAGGAGAGAAAUAAUUCGUCAUCUUCAGAUCAACAUCAGACUGUAACUUUUCCGAGCGCUAGCAGUGUACAUUCAGCACAGUAUCAUCGUCUUCCUAAAUUAUCGUUACCUACUUUUGAAGGAAAUAUUCUACAGUGGCAAUCGUUUUGGGACUCUUUCAGCACUACUGUUCACACAAAUCCGAACUUGUCAGAUGUGCAGAAAUUUAAUUAUCUACGAUCGCAGGUGGAUGGCGACGCAGCCAGAACUAUUGAGGGAUUUGCACUUACGAACUCCAACUACGUUAAGGCAGUCGAACUUCUACAGGAACAGUAUGGGCAGGCGCAUAAAAUUGUACACGCAUACAUGCAGGCUUUGUUACAACUUCCGUCACCAAACAACACGCUCAGCAGUCUGAGAAAUAAUUAUGAUAAACUUGAAACCUAUAUCCGUGGACUUGUAUCAUUGAAUCAACAUCAGGAAUCUUACGGAACACUUUUAGUGCCAGUUGUCUUUGAUAAACUUCCGGCGGAAAUACAAAAAUCCUUAGCACGAGAACAUAAGGGCAGUAAUCUUCAGCUAAACGAACUUCGCAAAGCAAUUUACGAGGAAAUUAACGUUAUGGAAGCAGGUCAGAUCAACAGCCACAGCAUAUUAGAAAACCCUGCUACAAUGUCACUCUUAACAAGUUCCUGUCCUAAACAAGGAUUUCAGCGGAAUAAAGAUAGGAAACAUUCUCAGCAGCAGCAACAUUCUCAGCAACAAGAUCGACGCCCUAGUAACCAAAAGGUAUGUGUUUUUUGCUCAAGUAACACACAUUUAGCAAAUGACUGUAAUGUAAUAACUGAUUACACAUCACGAAUGACAGUUGUUAGAAAUAAACGCCUCUGCUUCAAUUGUUUGGGUACGCAUCAAGUGUCGAAAUGCAAAUCGCAGAAAAAGUGCAGAAAUUGUCAAAGGAGACAUCAUACAAGUAUUUGUCAGAAUACAGACAGUACAGAACAGACACAAAACGGUACUAUAUAUUCAACACCAGGUCAAAGUUCAAGUAACACCCAAGUUCCUCAGCAAGCGGCGACUCUACAUACCUACGAUGACAUCACACGCAAACAGACGACAUCCUUACAAUUGUCUUCCAUUGUGCUACUGAAGACGGCUAUAUCAACAGUUACUUCCGGCAUGUGUACAGCAAACACAAAUAUAUUGUUUGAUGAGGGAUCACAACGAUCAUUUAUUACGCAAAAUCGAGCAGAAAAGCUUAAACUUACAACAACGGGAACUGACACGAUACAUCUCGCAAGCUUCGGGAAUUCAACAAAUGAGGUCCGACAGUUGGAAACAACCAGAAUUUAUUUGAUCACAACUUCCGGUGAAAAGAUCCCGAUAGAUGUGUUGAUAGUGCCAACUAUUGCAGUGCCUCUACAAAAUUACAACAGAAGUGUGACAAACUAUCAUAAAAUCUGA